AUGGAGCGACGGACAGCUGAAAGUCCCAUGGACUUUGAAUGGCAGACUCGCGCCCCCGGCGACGUCACCUCUCCCUUUUACCAGCUGGGUUUGCAGCACGAUCCUCAUAAAAAACGCGACUACACUGUCUUUGACUCUCCCAGUAAAAUAAAACAGACCUCACAAUCCUUCAAUUUCGCUCAACCAUCCCCGCAGCGGCCUAUUUCGCCCUCGCGUGCUAACAAUGCGAUCUUUGGCAAACCUGCCUUUCAAACUCCUCGCAAGUUCGAUGCAGACGUCUCCUCUGGCCCUGAAAAUAACAUGUCAUCACCUGAAAAUGCGGAUAAUGAAGAUACACCUGAGCCAGUGCAGAAAAGAGAAAAACGCAACUCGCUGUUCAACCUGUAUGGUCGCUUUGCCCCUAGUCCCGGCCGUGGAGGCAUUGCCAAGUUGACGAGACCGGCCACCGACCAGGCGCGACGAGUCCACAAGCGUCGUCUGCGCGAUCGUGACAUUGAUCGAUACCUGGGUAGAGAUAGUGGUAAUGACAGCGACAGACCUAGCAGUCGCGAGGAGAAGCGGAGUAGAAGGGAAGGAAAAAGGGCGGCAGCGGCAGCAGCAGCAGCUACUGCUACUGCCACCGCAGCGUCGACUACUCAUGAUUCUGGCUGGCGUGGGUUCUUUUCGUUCUUGAAUGAACAUCCACAUUUGCCCACGAUUCUGUCGUACUGGUUGCAGUUGCUCUGGAACCUGAUUAUAUUCGGCCUGGUCACAUGGGUGGUGGUUUCGUUCAUCUUGAGUAUCAAGAACGAUAUAAACCAUGCCGCGGAUGACAAACGCAAUGAAAUUAUUGCUGAAAUCUUCGACUGCAGGGAGCGAUAUGACAAGAACAGAUGUGGCGUGAAUGAGCGACCCCCGGCGUUGAAUGAUGUGUGCAAUAACUGGGAACGCUGUAUGGACCAGGACCCCGACAGGGUUGCGCGCGCAACAGUGUCGGUGCAGACGAUAUCGGCUAUCGUCAGCAGCUUUGUCGAUGCGAUCAGUCUGAAGGCAUUCUCCUUCUUCCUCUUAACAGUUGCAACCCUGACCGUUGCCAGCAACUGGUCCUUCGUCGCCUUCCGCAACCAAUGCGCUCGUAAAGACGAUCCAUACGCCUAUCCACCUUCUCCCUCCAAACCGCCACCCACUCCCUACCACCAACACCCUCCUCUCGCCUUCCCUGAGGGAAAUCCAUAUCCCCUCGAAUACCCCAAAACCCCUGGCCGCAGCGGCAGCCCCAUUCGUCAACGAGACCAUGAGACAAAUACGCAAGAUGAGCGACUCCUACUCGAAGACUCGCCGUCCCUAAAUAUGAAUUUUGUGACUAGCCGCAGCCGCGAGCGAGAACAGCACCUGCAUACGCCCAGCCCGUCGAAGAGGGAGCGAUUUGCUUAG